CGAGCGCCUCACGUUCCGUGCACGUCCUCCUCCUUUGGUCUGCGCUUGUCGUUUCAGAUUUUGGGUUGCGCAUCGCCACCCGCAGGUUGUCGCUCUUACCUGAUUCGGCUCGAUUUGCCCCGCGUUCAAAUUGGUUAGGAAUGGGUGUUGAAUUUGACGUCCCGUUUACAGACUGAGCUCAGUUGGUUGUUUGCUCAUGGAAAAGGAAGCAUCGUCUAGCCUUUUCGUUAAUGAUGGUUCCUUCAUGGAGAGGUUCAAACAGCUUCAGCAAGAAAAAGCAAGGGAUACAAGUGAUCCAUCAGGAGAUCCCAAACAGAGUUCAAUUGUUUCAAGAUCUGGGAACCCUAGUGCUUCCAAAACACAAUUGGAUAGCAAGGCUAAUAAUUCUGGAAAGUCCAGUCAGCCUUUAUCCGGUGGUAAACUUGCAUUCAGCUUGAAACAGAAGUCAAGGCUUGUUGCACCUCCAGUUAAGCUAGCUGCAGAUGAGGAUGAAGAUGAUGCUGAUGCUAGGGGUAAUUUGGGUGACACGUCAGUUAAACGGAGGAAAUUAAUCAAGCAGGAAGCCUAUGAGGAAUCAUCAGGACGGGAUGAUGUUGCACCACCUUCCCCAAGCGAUCCUACAGUAAAGAAAGUUGCGGACAAAUUAGCCAGCUUUGUGGCCAAAAAUGGAAGGCAUCUCGAAGAUAUGUCUCGCCAGAAAAAUCCUGGGGAUACUCCAUUCAGGUUUUUAUUUGACAAAACCUGUGCUGAUUACAAGUACUACAAGUACCGGCUUGCUCAGGAGGAAAAUGCCCUUUGGCUUGCUCAGGAGGAAAAUGCCCUUUGGCUUGCUCAGGAGGAAAAUGCCCUUUCUUUAGAGAGCAAGGAACCUCAGAAAUCUCGCAAUGGUGGAGUAGGUAUACCAGAGUCAAGAUCAAAUUCUGGCUCCCAAAGGAUACUCAACAGCCAGGCCCAUCACUUAAGUUAUCAAACUCCUGCUUCAGCAUUGUACGAAGCUACAGAUGGUUCUGGAGUUGCUUCAGAUAGGAACGGUGAGUCAGGUUCUACAGCAAGUGCAGAUCCUGUAGCAAUGAUGGAAUUUUACAUGAAAAAGGCUGCCCAGGAGGAGAGGAGGAGACAACCUAGACAAUCAAAAGACGAAAUGCCUCCACCUACUUCUCUUCAAGGACCCUCCAAGAAAGGUCAUCACAUGGGUGAUUUCAUUCCUCCAGAAGAGCUUGAAAGGUUUUUGGCUUCAUGUAAUGAUGCCUCUGCCCGAAGGGCUUCUAGAGAGGCUGCUGAAAGGGCCAGGAUUCAGGCUGAUAAUGUUGGCCAUAAGCUUUUGUCAAAAAUGGGUUGGAAAGAAGGUGAGGGUCUUGGAAGCUCUAGAAGCGGUAUUGCUGAUCCAAUCAUGGCUGGUGAAGUGAAGAAAAACAACUUGGGUGUUGGUGCUCAUAAUCCUGGAGAGGUGAAGCCAGAAGAUGAUAUAUAUGAGCAGUAUAAAAAGAGGAUGAUGCUUGGAUAUCGUUACCGACCAAACCCUCUGAAUAAUCCUCGAAAAGCGUACUAUUGAACAAGUUCGGUCUUACCUCUAUGCGAAGACUGGUGGAUAUUGUUAGAAUCAUGCAGAGCUUUCAGGAGAGAGAUGAAAGUUUCCUAGUGUCUAUUGAAUUCGUCUGGAUUUGUUCUAUUCAAUUUCUUGCCUAUGAAAGUCUCCUCUUUUGGGCGCUAAUUCGGCGGGCCUUGUUAUUUUCUUUUUCCUUUGUUAGGGUUGGUGGGGGGUUUGGCGAAAUUGACAUUGUUCUGUAAGAGUUUCUGACGAUGCAAUGUCGAACUUCAUUUGUAGUUUAGAGAUGAAUGUGCUAAUGUCAUCACCUGGCUGGUUCCGUGGCAACUCGGUUGGAACUUCUAUCUGAAGAAUCUUUCGUGAAAUAUCCACCGUUGCCAGUUGCUUGA